AUGCCUCAACUCAACACAUCCUCUCGUUCAUCCAGCUCUGCUUCUGGAGUUUUCAGAAGUGUCGAGUGGGAUAAAUACAAGGAGGUGGUUGAAAUUGGUUCGGGCGCAUAUGGGCGUGUCUACUCUGCAAGAUGCCGUUCCAGCAACAAGUUGGUAGCUAUUAAAACUAUUAGACUUGCCAACGAUGAAGACGGUAUCCCAAUUGCUGUAGUUAGAGAGUUGACUCACCUACGUUCUCUCAAACAUCAGAACAUUGUAGCGCUUCAAGAAGUGUUCAUGACUGAUGAUGAUAGUACAAUUUGUAUGGUGAUGGAGUAUGUUCCUCAUGACCUUUCUGGAAUUGUUAAUUGCUUGCAGUCAGUGUUAGACGAAGCAUUUAUCAAGUCUGUGAUGAAGCAAUUAUUGAGUGCUCUUGCUUUUAUUCAUGAAAGUGGUUCCGUCCACUGUGAUUUAAAAACAUCAAACGUGUUCUUGCAUUCGAAUGGACAAGUUAGACUUGGAGAUUUCAAUCUGAGUAGACGUAUCCAUCCUGAAGAACUUGGGCUAGUACAACACUUUUCCAGAAAUAUUGUGACUUUAUGGUACAGACCUCCAGAACUCUUGGUUGAUAGACAUGGUACAAGCAGAUACGGUGCAGAAGUUGACAUGUGGAGCUUGGGUUGCAUCUUUGCUGAAUUGCUCUUGAGAGCUCCACUCUUUCCUGGUGUUGACGAGAUUGAACAAUUGGGUAUGAUUUUCCAAAUUUUGGGAACUCCAAAUCAACGAAAUUGGCCUGAUGCAUGCAAGCAUUCGACCUACCGUGAACAUUUUUCAAACAAAGUCAUUCCUAACACGCUCCGCUUAAAGUUUAAGGAAUUUGCUGACUACAAUCCUCACAUUGUAGACCUCCUCGAAAAACUUUUAAAGUUAGACCCACGUGAACGUAUCUCUGCCAAACAAGCUCUUAAUCAUCCUUGGUUCACACAAUCACCACAACCACACGAAUCCACCGUUACUCUUCCUUCACAUGUUACCCCUUUGAAUGAAAAUUGGGUUAAACAACAAAUCGAGAUGAGAAAGGCAGAAUCUGAACGUGAGAAUCCAAAGAAGAGAAAAGAACAUCCAAAGCCUUCGACAUCCACUUGUUAUCAACAUGAGUUUGAUAACGUUUGCCUUCCUUCUAACAAGAAGAAAAUUAAACAAUUCUAG